AUUACCCAGCAAAAGCUGAAAACAUUUAUUAUAUUAUACGUUAUAUUUCAUUCGCCUAACAUACAUUCUUGAUAGGACUAUUACGAGCGUAUCGUAUAUGAAAUUAUUACUUUUCCAAAUUGACUUUCGUAUUUACGGAAUCAAUUCGGGCUUCGGGUUGAGUGCUUCAAGUGUGGAAGCUUUGAGAGCCAGUGCUAAUAUCACGUUAUCUAAUGAUGAUUGAAGUAUAACAUCUAGUCGGAUCGUAUCGUUAUGUAGGCGGCGAAGUGGCAUCGUGUGAAUGGACGGGCGCAAGAUCGAUAGAGCGGUGUGCGCAGGUCCGCUUUGGAACACAGCUGGCGGCUUCGCAUCCUUCCGCGAGGCCCGAUCCGACACCCGCGUCUCAGUGUCAACCGCGAAGGACCUAAGUGAUCUAUUUUGUCACGGAAAUGUUCCGGUCUGAUUGUCGGCGUUAAACGAUGUAAUGAGUCGUAUUUACUGGCGACAGGCUCUGUGGGCGCUGGCGUUGUAUACCACGCUGGCGCCCUCGCAAGCCGAUGGAAACAUAGGUUGCUUGUUUAGCUCAUCCCUUUGUCUAGAGGGAGUGGAGUGGUGCUAUGAUGAUUUUGCAUUUGGAAAAUGCAUACCGGUGUAUGACAAUGAUCCUGAAGAGGGAUCCCUCUAUCAGUAUGAUAUGAGUUCGAAUCAGCUGCAAUGGUUCGAGAGAGAGCUGCAGCAGCUCGCGACGCGCGGUUACCGCUGGGAGCAUGCGUACACGCAGUGUGUGCUGCAAAGCAUGCUCUAUGCCAUGCGUCAUCAUAUGGAUCCAGCGAACGUAAAUUCCAAGCUAUGUGACCAUUUUGCGGAUCCAAAGGUAAAUCCUGAACCUACCGGUGAAGGAGAAGAAACCCUAGAGAUUGAACCUGACGAAACAGCUUAUGUACGAUUUACGCCAAAUUCACAAAUAUCCGAUUCUGAUUAUGCUAAUGAAGUAUAUAAUCCGCCAUUUGUUCCGGAAAACGACCCAACUGAAUACUUAGUACCUAAAGGAGAAACACCAAUUAACAAUGAGCCAAUACAACCAGACGAAGAAAAUCCAAGCGAUAAAAUAAGAGACCUUAUGCUUAUGAGUGGGAUCGAAGAAUCUCCAGUCAUUAUGCCUUUUGAGGGAUUCAGAGAACGCCUUCAAGAGGAACAGAAAGCAAGAAAUCUUGGUACUCAAAACAUCGUACCCGACGGUUUUGUGGAUAAAGAGAAAAAAUCACUGGCAGAGACUAAACAUGAUUUGAAGUCUUUUACUGAAAAUAAUGAGUUCCCUGAUGAGGAGCGUCUGGGGGCUCAUUUCCGUAAAUUUAAGACCAAGCCGCCGCCGUUCACUGCAGAGUAUCUUACUGGCAAUCGAUUCUCACCAUUAGACGCUGAAGUUCGCUCGAAUGCAUUGGAGAAGUAUAAGCAAAGUUUCGCAGAGAAGAAUUUUCCUUUUGAAUAUGAAAAUCCAGGUGAUAUUCAAGAACAAAGAAUCUAUUUUGAUGAAGAUGGUGAUGAGUUUUCCAUUGACACAGGUAGCGGCGAUCUGGACCCGUAUCACUUGAAAGAUCCUUCUAAAGCUAAGAAUUCCAAAAAUAUGGAAUAUUUGAUUAACUACUGGCGUGAGUUAUUUGGCUCAAAGUUGAAACCACAAGGCAAUUUGUAUGCCGAGGGUGGACCCUUAAAACCUGAUGAAUUACAAGGUGAAAAUUCGAAAUUUUAUCUGUCGGAAGAUUUUCAAGAUUUGCUUAAUAGAGAAUGGGGCUUUAAGCGUAGGGAAAGAGAUGAUGUUAAAAAGCCUGGGCCGCGUCUGGACGCGAAAACCUUAAAGAUAUUGUACAACAAUAAAUCGGUGACAGCUCAAGAAGCUUCCAGCAAGCAAAAUCCAAUCAAAGCUAACCACGAUCACAACGACUAUGAAUACGACCCCUCGUACGCUUUCGUCGAGUUGCAUACUAGGUUCCUUACAAAUUGGGAGAAAGGCAUGGCUUUCAUCGGAAGACUUGAAGAAAUGCUGGGCUUAGAAAAAAAUACUUUUACAAAUCCUCGAGUUGAUCCAAGUGAAGUAACAUUUAAAGUUGAAAAAAAUAGUAAGGGAUAUGAUGCGGUUGAAGUCGGAAGGCAGAUUGAUGCGAUUAAGGACAAAGUGUGGAAAGAAACAGGAGCUCAAAUAAAAUCUAUUGGGGUUGGGGAUCGAAGCAAACAUGCUAUCAUCCGACAUACUGAUAUUCAAGAGCCUCAAUUCUUAGGCUUACAAUUACCAGUUCUUCUUGCACUCGUGGGUAGUUUAUCAGUUCUCAUCGUGGGUGCUGUGGUGUUCGCAAUUUUACUCAAAAGGGACAUGAGUAGUAAGAGGAAAAUGCAAGGUCUCUCAUCUGCAGCAGAAAUUGACGCCGAAGCUACUAGAGACUACCAGGAGCUUUGUCGCGCUCGUAUGUCGGGAAAGUGGACGGGACAGCCGACAACCGCUGCGCCUACACACCCAACUGAGACGCCGCAAAGAAUUACCUCACUAUCCAGGGAUCCCGACGGUCAUUCACCAUCAACACGAUCCAGUACUUCAUCGUGGAGUGAAGAGCCGGCGUUGACGAACAUGGACAUUUCAACUGGACACAUGGUGCUGGCAUAUAUGGAAGAUCAUCUCCGCAACAAAGACCGCCUUGAACAAGAAUGGAGAGCGCUGUGUGCGUACGAAGCCGAACCAUGCGCUACUGUUGCUGCCCUUAAACCUGACAAUACUGGGAAGAACCGCUACGCUGAUGUGCUGCCGUAUGAUCAUUCGCGCGUUACACUGAACACCCUGUCUAACCACCUCGGAUCUGAUUAUAUCAAUGCUUCUACUAUUACUGACCACGACCCACGCAACCCGGCAUACAUCGCUGCAGCUGGUCCCUUGGCUCAGACAGCACCCGACUUCUGGCAGAUGGUAUGGGAGCAGGGCAGCGUUGUGAUGGUGAUGCUUACUCGACUUACAGAAAACGGCCAGCAACUUUGUCAUCGAUAUUGGCCUGAGGAAGGAUCGGAACUCUAUCAUAUCUAUGAAGUUCAUCUCGUGAGCGAGCAUAUCUGGUGCGAUGACUACCUCGUCCGAAGCUUUUAUCUGAAGAACCAGCGCACCGGCGAAACACGUACUGUCACGCAAUUCCACUUCUUAUCCUGGCCCGAAAAUGGAGUUCCCGCAUCUACCAAGGCAUUGCUCGAAUUUAGAAGAAAAGUUAAUAAGUCCUAUCGCGGUAGAUCCUGUCCGAUAGUAGUCCACUGCAGCGAUGGAGCUGGGCGGACGGGUACUUACUGCUUGAUCGACAUGGUACUGAACCGCAUGGCAAAGGGUGCAAAAGAGAUAGAUAUAGCGGCGACACUCGAGCACAUUCGCGACCAACGCACGCGCACCGUAGCUACCAAACAACAAUUCGAAUUCGUUCUAAUGGCUGUGGCUGAAGAGGUACACGCAAUACUCAAGGCUUUACCGGCGCAUUUGCAACAGCUACAAGAGAAAAAGGACAAGGAAAAAGAAAAGGAGAAAGAGAAAGAAAAAGAAGGCAACGACAAGGAGAAACCCAACUGAACCAGGCACUACUCACGCGACCACGACUUUGUUACUUAAAAUAAUUAGCGCCGGCUCUAGCUUUAAACGUUUGCACAAUUAAAUAGGAAUAACAAUGAUGGCCACAUUUACUCGUUAAAGAAAUAGUUAAAAAAGCAUAAAAAAUAAACUAGAGUCGACACUGGUUAUAGAAGUUACUUUAAUCAUAAUUAUUAUCGUUCGGAAAUGUUUAUUCCAUUCAAGUUGGGAAUCAAGAUUCAUAUUUAAGUAAAUAUAUAUCAGGUAGAGUAUAAAAUGUUUGGCCUCUAUUCUUGAUUCAAAUUCUGAUUCUCAACUUGAAAUUAUUUAUUGGAUAAUUAAGUAGAAUGAAUAACUUCUUUUGCUUAUCGCUACGUUGUUUCAAGACAAUGUUUACAUUAUAUUCCUAUUAUCGAUAUCAAUGUUAUAUUUUAUUGAUGUACGCAAAUGGACCGUAUAAUAUUUAAAGUUUAAUUCGUGUCUUACUUUUCCAAGGUUCUCAUUAGGUUAUAUAAAAAAAAAGAAAAUAUUUCUAUACAUUACGUUCAGAGAGCCUACAAAAUUAAAGUAUUUUCUUAAACGAGUACAUAUUAUACUUGUAAUUUACGAAGAUAUAAAUUCUUUAUAGGGAUCAUUAUAGUCAAUUUAUCCGGUGUCUAUAAAACUGACCUAUCCAUUUUCUACGUAUAAAAAACAUAUUUUAACCACUGUUUUAAAAUUAAUUUUGAUUAUUCAUAAUUACUAUAUCAUAAAAAUCAGGGAUAACAAAGUACGAUGUUUUAAUGUAUUUAAAAGAUAUAUUUAACGUUUUGAAAUGGAAUUCUUUGAUGUGUACAAAACGCUUCGUUAUAAUAGUUUGAAUCUAGUCAGUAAUACAUUAAUAAUUGUUAACUAUUAUUCAUCGAUCGAUUUGUUAUUAUUAAAGAACAUUUGUGUAAUAUUAACUUUAUAUGUUAUAUUGUGGUAUCAAAUUUUACAUAUGUACCUAUGUACUUCGUUAGCGUCUAGUUGCUGCUAUUUUUGUAAUAAAAUAAUGAGGAGAGAUAUUCUCAAACGGACAUUGGCUUCGCCGAAUCAUAUCCCGAAAAAAACGGUAUACCUGAUAAAUUUAAUCAGAUAAAAUUAUGAGAUAAAAAAUAUUUACAGACUAGCAGAAACAAUAGAGAUCGUAGUACUUAUCUGUGUACGAUUUACAUAUAAUAUUAUUAUAUUUAUUGCAAACUAUGGAAAAUGUAAAAAAAAAAUACCAUAAAUGAUUGUAGUUUAGACUUAAGAGAAAAUAUAUUUAACCGUAUUUCUGUAUGAAAUUAUAUGUAGUUUUUAUGUGAAUUAUUGAAUGGUGGAUUUGAUUACCUAUUAAAACUUUACAGGUGAAAAUUGCCCA